AUUGUUAUUGACAUUUUUCCUAAUUUUCUUUUUAAAAUUUUUAAUUUUCCUCCUUUUACUUUGAUUGAAAUUUAUACUAUUUUUCCUUUUUUAUUACAUAAUUCAAAUUGUUUUGAAUAACAACACAUUUUUUUCGAAUAACACAAAAGAUUUUGUAGGAAAUUUAUUGAAUUCUUUGAUUACCGCUUGCGUAAAGAAAGAAACCCCAACGUUCUAACGCUUCUGGUAUCGAAAGCUUUUUCAUGUUCCGGUACUAGCCAACAGAGGGCGCCACAAAAAAAAUUAAUAAAGCUUACGAAAAAACGAACAUUUUCUCCGUUUGAAGAAACACGUUAUCCGACAUCAAGAGCCCGUUAUCAUGGACACAGCGCAUGCGUAUAAUCCAAAACACAUCACCGGCAUAACGAAGUUCAAACUGUGCAUCGACCAAACAACGGCUAGGCCGAUCAAACAAAAUGCCGAUCAAAGUCCUUUCCUCGGACGAUUGGUUCGAGGUUGUGCUCGUUAAACAAACCACAUCUUCCAUCACGUUCCAGUGGACGUUCCGGAACCCGCUCGAUGUGCCGUACGAUCUGUUCAAGGUGGAAAAGUGUUACAGUGUCAAGCGCGAUGGCUGGGAAACGGUAUACUGGGGUGCAGCAACAACCUUGACGGUGCGAUGUCUCGAGCAGAAUCUUUGCUACUCGUUCCGUGCAAGCAUCCUGCACCAACCAUCGGAUGGUGCAGAUUUCCAGUAUGCCUAUCAGUCGCCCAUCUUCAAGGCAAGCACCCUGCCAAACAUUCCCUCGACGAUGGGCCUGUACCGGGCAGUCAAAAAAUGUCAACCAGGUCUGGUAAAACGACUUCUGUUUGCUCGCCCCGAACUGGUGAACGUACCCGUGCAUGGAGAAACAUUUCUCUACCUGGCCGUUCGCAGCAAUAGCCUCGAGCUGGUAAACGCACUGCUCGAUUCCGGUGCUAACAUUGAUUUGGGUGUACCGGAAACAAGCGUUACGCCACUCCAUCUGGCAGUGUACCAACGCAACCUAACGCUGGUGCGCCAUCUAAUCGAACGUGGUGCCAAUGUGCACGCACAGAACUGUGUCGGUAUGACCGUUGGACACUAUGCGAUAGAUGCCGACGAUCUGAUAUUGCUAAAGUACGUACUGACGCAGGGCAUCAGCCCGGAGACUCGAGAUCGCUGCCAGUGGACGUUAAUCUUUCGGGCGCUUUACAUGCGCUCCUCGGUAGAUAUCGUACGACACCUGCUUGAACGGAAGUGUCGACUAAAGGUGAAGGACCGACUACGAUUAACACCGCUCUACUACGCUCAGGUGUCGGGACAGGAGGAGAUCCUGCGGUUGCUCAGGAGACGACUAAAGAUCUGAUAAAAGCAGCAUAAAACGUUUAAGGAAAGAACCCAAAGAUUUUAAUUUAUACAUUUGGAGGAAGUUUUUUUUACAAUAAACGAUAUUGUCCAAAACUUAAA